AGCUUGGUUUGAGGACUACAGCUGUCUAACGGUGUUUCCCCCGCCACCGUCUUGCCUGAGAUGCAUAAAUUACGACGUAGGGAGCAGAAUUCCCGAAGGAGGGCAGUGCAGCGCCCCUCCCCCGAGCAGAGUGGUAGCUCCCAUUCAGAACUCUGUCUUUUCACACGCUGAGUUAUGUAGCGGAAGACCCGCAGAUAACGGGAAAGAACACUUGAUGUGCCAGCCGCUUCGUAGCGGGGAGCCUCAUUUACUUUCCUGGCUCCAGUUUCUCCCCCUCUCUCGCCUUCCUUUCCUUUUCCUUUCUGGAGGGACAGACCACGAAGAUGGAUGGAGUCUUACUAGGCUGGACUGCUUUCCUGUGGGUAACAGCUGUGACUGAAGGGCUUCAGGUCAUGGUGCCGGAAAAGAAAAAGGUGGCCAUGCUCUUUCAGUCUGUUGUGCUUCGAUGCCACUUUUCAACUUCCUCCACGCAACCAGCUGUGGUGCAGUGGAAGUUCAAAUCAUAUUGCCAAGACCGCAUGGGAGAAGCUCUGGGAGUGGUCUCUGCAGGCUUACAGGCUGUGAGCAAGAGGAACCUGGAAUGGGAUCCAUACUUGGACUGCGUGGACAGCAGAAGAACGGUCCGCAUUGUGGCUUCCAAGCAGGGCCCUUCGGUCACAGUUGGAGAAUUCUACAAGGGAAGAGAUGUCACCAUUCUCCAUGAUGCAGACCUCCACAUUGGAAAACUGAUGUGGGGAGACAGUGGGUUGUAUUACUGCCUCAUUAUCACACCUGAUGAUGUGGAGGGCAAGACGGAAGAGUCAGUGGAGCUGCUUGUUCUGGGCAGGACAGGGCUGCUUGCUGAUCUCUUGCCCAGUUUUGCUGUGGAGAUUAUGCCAGAGUGGGUGUUUGUGGGCUUGGUGAUCCUGGGGGUCUUCCUCUUCUUCCUCCUGGUUGGGAUCUGCUGGUGCCAGUGUUGCCCUCAUAGCUGCUGCUGCUACGUCCGCUGCCCCUGCUGCCCAGAUACCUGCUGCUGUCCACGGGCACUGUAUGAAGCAGGAAAGGCUGCGAAGGCUGGAUACCCUUCAACUGUUACAUCAGUCCCCGGGCCUUAUUAUAUUCCCUCUGUCCACUCUGCGGCUGGAGUCCCAUCUCAUACUGUCCUGAUGGAGAAGUCACACCUUCCUGCUUUGGCAGCAAGUGAAUCCAGCGCCGGAGGACAAAGUGUGCGGAAAGGCUACCGAAUCCAGGCCGACAAAGAGAGAGAUUCUAUGAAGGUGCUGUACUAUGUCGAGAAAGAACUGGCUCAAUUUGACCCAGCGAGGAGGAUGCGAGAGAGAUACAAUAACACCAUCUCAGAGCUCAGCUCCUUGCAUGAGGAAGAUGCCAACUUCCGCCAAUCUUACCGCCAGGUGCGCAGGAAGCCGCUUCCCCCUUCAGGAGACAUGGAUGGUGAUGCAGAAUACUGGGCAGGAGUCAUCAGUGGAGGUGGCACAUCUAGGCCACAGACAUGUUCUGACUACAGGGCAGAGAGGGGCAGCUUGAGGCUCAGCCAGCAGAGAUGCAAAUCAGAAAUGCUCUCGAGGAAGAGUUUCCCCAUGGGAGUGCCGGCUGUCUCCAUGGAUGAACUUGCAGCCUUUGCCGAGUCCUACAGUCAGCACGUCUGUCGGACAGAAGGCACUCAGGAGCCCCGGCGCUUUGAGAGAACAGGAUCCAGGGGAGCACGUGGAGGUGCAGUGCAACACCCAGAAAACUCAUCCGAUGAGUAUUAUGGCAAGCACAGGGCAGGAAAUCGUGAGCCGUUGACAGAUUCGGAUCGGGGCUGGACGUAUAGCCCACCCAGGAGGCGUACCCACGAAGAGAAACACUUGCCUAGGCUAGUGUGUCGGACACCGGGAGGGAGUCAGAAGUAUGACCACUCCUACCUUACCAGCGCCCUUGAGAGGAAAUCGCGAAGCUAUGAUGAAGGUGGUGAUCAUGGCGGGACACCUUCAAAGUUUAGCUCACAAUCCAGCCAGAGAGGAGGGACAUACUAUGCUUGGUCGCCACCAUCCACGUACAAACCAGGGCAGCAGCAGCACCACCAGCAGCAGCAACAACAGCAACCUCCACAGCAAGAGGAAGGGGAAGACACUCUGCCGCCAUACAGCGAAAGGGAGUUGAGCCGAGGCCCUUCAUACAGAAGCAGAGAGCAACCUAGCCUGAAUAACUCAGAUAAGAAAAGGAAGAAAGAACCCAAGAAAACAGUGAGGCCAUGUCUGACACUCCUGAUCCAAAUGGGCUGAGCAAGAAUCACCAGGCAGGGUGGCUAGGUUCUGGGCUGAUGGGGCAACUUAGGGCCGCUUCGUAGUCAAUGUUUUUGUACUCUGGUUCUGUUACUCAAGUUGCAACUGGGGAAAGAUCUCAGCCCUGCUUGCACACCUGUUGCAGGGGGAGCCUGAAAAUUGUGGCCACUUUCAUGUUUCAGUCUUAGGCCUUGGAAUCUGAGUACAAAAUGCAUUAUAAAAAAAAUCUGCCUUGAUUAGGAGAACUGAGGAGUACAAAGAGGAAUAUCUUGAGCAGAAGGUGUCAGGCUAGGGGCUGAUAAUGAGAAAGGAAGCAAACUAAUCUAAUUUUAGUAAAUCGUAAAUGAAUUUUGGGUAACUGAUGAUGGGUGAAAGCAAAAGUUGCUUGAUUUGAUCCUAGUGACCUGAGUAGAAAGGCAAUUCUUUUAAAAGUUUCCAAAGUUCAGAGUCUAGACAACGUUUGGAAGUGGCAUUUGUUCAUCUUAUUUUUUGAGCAGUUGGAACAGUUGUUAACUAUCUGUGUACUGGUGUUGUUGGAUGGGAAAGUUGAUGGCCUAUGUAUUUCCUUCUUAAUAACUUGUUGCUUAUAACUUGUUGAGUAGUUAAAAGUGUAUUUGCACUAGCUGAUAAUCCACUGAUGUGUCAAAUUAAUUUAGAAGGCUGCCUGGUGCAGUUUGUGUCUGAUCAGUCAGAAAAUUGCCCACUGAUCACUCAGUAAAAGGAAGAGCAUUCAUGGCAGCUCUGGCCAUAAAGAUGUACUGAGAGCACACAUGUAUAACUAGAGAAUUAUUGAUCUGAGGAAGAUCAGUUAGUGCAAUUAUGCUGGCUUGGGUGAUGGAGAAAGGAAGGCCCAAGUGCCAUCUGGCAGCUUACAAGGAGCUACUGUGACCCUUGUACUUGUGGUGAGAUAUUUGGUUUUUAAUCUAGACUCAUCCAGACUUCCUUUUGUGCCACAUUUCUAGGUACAGGUCCUGGCUUUCCAGGUCCAGGUCCGAGUGGUUUUUCAUUUUUACCCAGUGCUUCCCCCAGAACAACUCGUGUUUUACAACUGAAUUGAAGCAAAUGGUAACCAGGUUUUUCGCAGACUGCCGUUUGCUCCAAUUCAGUGGUAAAUGUGGAUUUUCCCAGGGAAAGCACUGGGACUCCCCCCCCCCAAAAAAACCCACACCACUUGGACACAGAACUUUAAAGUGUGGGGCUGUGCAUGGAAAGUGCGGCACAAAAGGAAAUCUGGAUGAGCAGUUAAUUUUGAAUAUAGACAAUGCCAUCAAAAGCCUUCCUGAAGCAGGUUGUGUGGAGCCUUGUGAAACUGCACCCUGCGCUCAUGAUGAAGCACUUAAAUGAACAAUUACCCUAGGCAUGGUUUGAACCAGGAAUGAAAACAAGGGGUCUUCCAGCAGGCUUUCAGAACGUCGUACGAAUUUGCCCCUUCAUACUGAGGUUGUGCGAUUGAUGGGCAGGUGGUUAAAGAUAGAAAGAUCUGAAAAAUGCCACCAUGAAGCUAGUUAGCAUGUGGGGAAGCCCCACUGUAAGAGGCCUCUUAAGGUUUCUGAAAGCAGAAGCCAAGCACCCAAAUUUUGUUCCCUGCUGAGGAUACAUUUUUCUCUUCAUGUUAUGAGACUUGCAAUUUAAUGUUUCACAGUGUUUGCCUCUCUUUUCCCCCUCAGAAUGAGUUCCCAACAAGGAUGUCCCUCGUGGUGUGAUGCUGUUGCAGAAGAGUUGUGUUAAUGGACUUGGAAAACAGAAACAAUGAUACUGCAGAGUCACAAGAUGUGUGUUCUCACCUGAUAAUAGUCAGACUCUUGUCUGUUUCAUCAUGUGAAUAGAGAAGCUAGUUCCAACCAAUUGCUCUCAUCCAGUCAACACCUUGGAAAGGGGAAGCUCAGUUGACAAGGAAAUGAAACAUGGAGAAGAUUUCUUUUGCCAAGCUAAUCUUCUGAUCUCCCAGCAAAGAUGGUGUCUCCAUAUUUUUAUCCUCAGUCAUCUUGGAACCCACAGUAUUAUGGGAGCUGCUUUCUUGUAUGAUGUAUAUUCCCUCCCCGAUAUGACUGACUUCUCACUUGUACUGCUCUGCACCCUAGAUUUGACAGGGAAAGUUGCCACAGGUUCAAGGGGCUCUCACCAUUUGCUCUUUCUUCUCAUCCUGAGACUUCUUGAAAUGGCAUUUUCAAGAAAUACUGCAAAAUGAAUUCUACACCUAUCUGGAAAUGAUCCAAAACUGAGACCUGGGGGCACUGCACUAAGGAGGACAGGGUAAUAUUGAGGAACACAUUCGAGUUCCUGAUUUUAUUUUUUUAAAAUGUCCUUCUCAUUCAGUAAAGGGAGCCACCAGUGAGAUUAAUGUUUUGUUUUGAAAGUGAAACGUAGUAGAUUUUUGCUGUAAUGAGAAUGUGCCAUGUUAUUUCACUGUUGUCUGAUAUGAUGUAUCAGCAUUGCCUUACAGUUGAACUAUAGCCAUAAAAGGCUCCAGCUAGUUCUGCUGAUUGGCCCUUUCGUAAGCAGAGCUCAAGCUUCGGUUCUGCUGACAGUACUCUCUCGACAAUGAUUUUCUUCUUCUUAAUAAAGCCAACUAGUAGACAACAACAGACCUAGAAUGAGAAAAUCAGGGUGCAAAAGAGGGGAAAAUAGCCAUGGCUUUUAUACUUCUACAAGGACCAAUAUUUCCUGCUUGGCAGGGGGUUGGACUGGAUGGCCCUUGUGGUCUCUUCCAACUCUAUGAUUCUAUGAUUGCUCCUUUUCUGGUAACUGGCUGCGGCCAUUCAAUAAGGCAACAGAAAAUUUGAACAAUAAAUAGGUUGGGUGAAACACCAGCUUUGAAAGUUACUUCAUUGUUCACAUUUUGUUCUUCUAAAGCGUUAAUAGCCCAAGAAUCUGCCACAAUUCUGGGAAGGCAGAUCUAGUUCAGAAGUGGCACGUGAUCCUCAAAAACUUGUUUUAUGCUUGGGCUAAGUAGACAAAAUUGAGCGUGAUGUCUGACUGCUGUAACCCCUGCCUGGGCUCUAGCACUUCUGAGGAAGCAGUGAAGACAAAACUGAACAGGGUAUUGCAUACUGCCUUGAAGCUGGCCAGUCCCAAGUGGCAUUGCUCAGACCAGCAGCAGCUUGAAAAGGAGUACAGUACUUAAAAAUUAGGAACUGUCGGCAGGCCGCCACUGUCUGAGAACACUUGGUCCGCUUCCUGCAAACAAAUAUUCCCACCUGUGACCCCUUUUUAGUGGACUGCAAUCUUAGUUUAAGUGACUACAAUAAGAGGCAGGAAAGGCAGGUUGGUCAACAGUUUGGGAGUAUUUGGGAGGUUCCUUUGGUUGCAUUUUAUGUUUCUGGUCCUAUCAUUCUAGCCUCAAGGCAUAGGCUGAAAGCACAUACCGUAAUACAGGAACCUUGCUGAAGCUAAAUAGGUCUGGGUCUGGUCAGUGCUUUAAUAAGAUAUUACCAUUUAAAACCUAUGUAUGCUGUUUUGAACGUGCUCGUGGAAGGAAGGCAGAAUAUCUAAAACAAAUAUAUAAAAUGCAUUUGUUGUUUCUGUUCCAGCAGCUUCUCAAUCCUGCCAAAACCUAAUGUUACAAAAAUAGCUGAGCUAUCUGUGCAGGCUCCUGAAGAGUCUGCUCACAACACAGUUGUGCACUGCCACUUCUAUUCCUGACUGAGCUCUUGUCUUCUUUUUGUGCCACAGAUUGAUUUAGUUUAGUCAUAAACUGAUAGAAUAUGUUUGGUAUGGCAGAUCCUGCCAUGUUGCAGGCGAUCGCAUUUCACGUUAAUUGCAACACUAUGCUUACAAGAAAGACAGUUCAUGGGGGAGGGGGGAAGGGAGCACUCAUCCAAUACAAUACUGCAACAAAUGCCUUAGGUAUGUUGGCUAUUUUCUAUCCAGUGACCACAAGACGCUUUUUGCUUCCUGCCUAGCCUUGGCUAUCACACACAGUUGGAAUACAUUCUUGAGAUGACAGCACCAUCUUGUGGACAUAUGAGGCAUCUUAACGUUGCUUCUAGCAUGACGGACAGAGUUGUAAUCCUAAGUCUACUUACUUAAGAGUAAAUUGCAUUGAAAUCAAGACGGCAUUCCUAUAAGUAAAUAUAUAGUUUGGAUCACACCAGCAUUUUUCAUUGCUUUUUAGAGAGGCAGCUGUAAAAUAAGUUACCCUUUCCCCUUCCCUGACAUCCGUUGCUUAGAAACGCUAACCGUGGCCCUGAAAAUUGGUGCAAGUGCUGGGGAAAUUGCUACAUGCAUCUAAAGUGGCUUCAAAGCCAGUACCGGACAAUGCAGUGCAUAAGCAUUUUGUCCUAGGGUUGAGCUAAAUUACUACUAUGGUAGUAUUAGAAAGAAUUCCCAGGUGAAAAAAUGAGGGGCAUUGAUAUCCAGUGUUUGUGAUGUGGAUAGGGGUCUGGCCCACCUCCUGCCCUCCUUCCCUGUUUCUCUUGGUGCUUGAAAGCCUUUAUCACAGAAUCUUUAAAAAUCGAUUGAGAGACCUAUAUUAAGAGCACAUAUUGAAUGAAGUCUGCAGCCUUUCUCACUGGUCCUGAACUCAUGGUCAGGUGCAAAUCAGUGGGUGUGAUGCCAGUCCAUCCCUACACAUUGCAGGAGGAGACACGAGUGAAAAGGCCUUCCGUCUUGAAGCCAUAAUUCUCUUAUCAAAUGGAAACAAUAAUGGCUUUACUUCAAAGAGUUUUGCUAAGCAGUUAUAAAGCAAUUUCUCUCUCUCCCCAAUACUGUUAUUUACAAUAUUAAGAGCAGCCCUGGUGAUGAGCAUCACCUUCAUUUUUCUAUUCCACACCACAGCUUUAGAACUUAGCAUAUUAGCACGAAGAAACAAACCCAGCUUUUUGUUGGAGCUGAUCAGUAUGGUGAGUAUGCCUGACCUCCUGUUUCUUCCCAGUGUUAGUCCACCUGUUUUCUUCUGCAAGAAAUGUUUCAGAUCACAGAUGUGCUAUGUUCAGUCAUAUCUCAGCAUAUUGCAGAACUGGAGUGCUACAUGCAGUUUUAACAACAGAGAUCGAUCUGGCUGCCGCAUGCUGAACUAAUUGCACAGCUUUCAAAGGCAGUUACAUAUAGAGGACAUCACAUUACUCCAGUUGGGAAAUUAGCAGGGCAUGGCAUGCCCCCAACAGUAUGCAGGACCCUCUGUCCCAGAAAAGGGUACAGAUGGUAAAUCAGUCAAAGCUGAUGAAACUGCCUUGACUUGUCCAUCCAAGAGGUCUAGGUCCAGGAAUGUUCACAAGCUACAAACUCGAUCUAUUGGUGGUGGUGGAGGAGUCAUUCAACACUGGCAUUUCCAUCCCUUUAUAGGUACUUGGGCUACCCAGCAUGAUCAACUCUACCUUGUCUGGAUUAUGUUUCAGUUCUAGUUUUUGUAUACUUCCUGAGCACCCCUUGCCCAUCACCAAAGGGCAUUUGUCAUUCAGAUUUAAUUAUGUCAAGCAUAGUGUUUCUAUGCCUGGGCUGGAACCAGAAACAUUUCCUGCAUCAUCACACAUAUACAAAUGUGCUCCUGUAUGAAUUCUCUGGCAUUUAAUAAGGCUGGAAUACCUACUGAGGUAUAGCUGGUUGCAGCUAUAGGGCUUCUCACCAGUGUGGGUUCUUCUGUGGUUAAUGAGAUCUGAGCCCUGCUCAAAGCUUUCCCCACACUCCACACACAUUUAUGGCUUUUUUCCACUGUGGAUCCAUUGGUGAUGAGUGACAUGAGAUGGUUGGCUGAAGCUCUUCCCACAUUCUGGACACUUUUAUGGCUUCUCUCCUGUGUGCAUCCUUUGCUACUGGUGGAGCUGGCACUGAUUAUUUUUCCACACGUUGCAAACACAGGGCUUGUGGCCCAUAUAUAUUCUCCAAUGUUUGGUAAGAUUGGGUCUCUGAUUGAAGCUAUGCCCACACUCAUGACACAUAUAUGGUUUCUGUCCAGUGUGAAUUCUCAGGGGCCAAGUGAGAUGUGAGCUCUCAGUACACUUAAAAGAGCUUUUCUCCAGAGUGCAUCCUCUGGCGCACGGCCAAGUCAGAUGCUCCAACUUAAAGCUCUUGCCAUAUUCGGAACAUACAGACUCUCAACUUGAUGUCUCCUGGGACACUGCUCCUGCUUGAGUUUUCUCAAGACCUUUUCCCAAGCAAGUGGACAGGCUGGAUCCUGGCUCUGAAGUGAUGUCACACAGGCACAACACAGAAUUCAGGUUUGUGUAGGUACCGUCCAGAUUGGGAACCAGUGAAAUAUUUUCAGUCAUGAUAAGUAGCACAACCCUUUAAGCAUUCAGAGGCUCCCUCCUGAGGAGUUAUUUUAUUUGCACCAACACCUCCUGGCCAAUAAAGUAUCAAGACAUAUUUAAUCCUGAGUAUUUUGAACCAUACAGCCACAAGAAGACAGGGAGCUGUUGCUGCCCAGAAAAAAAAGACCAGCCCCCCAUUGCUCCCCUCCCAAAGC